AUGACAAAAGUGUAUACAUCAGAGCUCAAAUCGCCUCAGCUUCCUCGAAGCUCCAUCUUCCACUAUGUCUUUCCACCGAAACAGAAGGGAAGACCGCACCAAUGGUACCCCACACCAAGCCCUAAAAGCAUUUCCUUCAUUGAUGGAUUGACAGGCAAGGAGUUGCUUCGUGAUGACAUCCACAUUAGAGCUUUGUGGGCCAAUGCCGGAUUGCGAAUCAGAGGGGUCAAGCGAGGCGAUGUGGGCAUGAUAUUCGGUCCAAACAGUCUCUUCUGGGUUGAAGCGCUUUGGGCGAUCCAGGCCGCGGAGGCGAUCUGCUCCCCAGCCAAUGCCGCAUACCCUCCACCCGAGCUCGCCCAUCAGAUUGAGAAUAGUGGAACUUCAUUUGUCAUGGUCGCACCGGACAACGUCCCCGUAUUGGAAAAAGCCAUUGAACUUCUAUCACCCACGGCCAAGGCUCAGCUCUCGACCAAACGGAUUAUUCUCAUGUGCGACUACAAGGACAAACCCCCCGGGACACCAUACAGCUGCAUGCAGGAGCUGUGGGGAGAACAGGCCAGACCCAGACAGAUAAGCGGGGGUGAAGAAAAGGAAAUCGCGUACCUGUGCUAUUCAAGUGGAACCACCGGCAAGGCGAAAGGAGUGAUGACGAGUCAUCACAACAUGCAGUGUCAGGUCCAGGCUCUGUACUCGUGUCACGAAAAACUGUUCCCCAGCAAGGACAAGAUUUUGGCCGUAUUGCCCUUCUCGCAUAUUUACGGAUUGACCCUGACGAUUCACUUCCCGUUGAUCUAUGGUGUUCCGGUCGUCGUUUUGCCCAAAUUUGAUCCCGAGACGGUGUUCAAGGUCAUUGAAAAGUACCGCGUGACGUUCUUCUUCUGUGUUCCACCAAUGCUCAUUGCGAUGAUGAACAGCCCAAAAAUGGCCCAGUACGAUCUAUCCUCGCUUCGCGGUCUCAUGCUUGGAGCUGCACCUUGCGAUGCCAAAUUGAUUGAAAAGUUUGAAAACCUCUUUCCCAAAGUCAAGGGCUACGGUAUGACCGAGACCUCGCCCGUGACCCACUUGAUGACUUUGGAGGAGGGACACACGCACAAGGGCAGUAUCGGUAAAAUCAUGCCCACGAUGCAGGGCAGACUGGUCGACCCGGAAACGGGCAAGGAUGUGGCUCAGGGCGAGCGAGGAGAGCUGUGGGUCCGAGGACCAAGUGUGAUGAGAGGAUACUGGAAGAAUGAAGAGGCGACCAGAGGAACAUUUGCUGCAGGUGGAUGGCUCAGGACGGGCGACAUCGCCGUGGCAGAUAAGGAGGGUUACUUCUACAUCGUUGAUCGACUCAAGGAGCUCAUCAAGUAUAAGGGAUUCCAAGUGCCUCCUGCCGAGCUGGAGGCUUUGCUCUUGACCCAUUCAAAGAUUGCUGAUGUCGGUGUCAUUGGUGUCUGGGACGCCGAGCAGUCAACCGAGAUGCCACGGGCCUACGUCGUGCCCAGCGGAGGACUUGCAAAUUUACCAAAGGAUCAGCAUGAAGUGUUCAGUAAGGCGAUUGUCGACUGGGUCGCGGAUCGAGUCUCCAAUCACAAGAAGCUCAGAGGAGGUGUGAUCCUGCUGGCGGAGAUACCAAAGAGCCCGAGUGGAAAAAUCUUGCGAAAGGAUCUGAGGGAGCUGGCCAAGAAGGAUGUGCAGAAGGGUCGACAGGCCAAGUUGUAA